UAUUUGGUGGCGGGGAAGCAUUGGGAAGUGAGGUUCUAAAGAUAUGACUUUCACAAGACGAGUAUCAUCCUGCUUCUCCCAGUUUCUGGGAUCUGCAAACAGGUCCUUCAAUUCUUAUAAAUUACCCGGAGAUCCCUCUUCUUCUCCUUCUCUUACCUAUGGCAUCCAUAUCUUCCACUGCCCUGAUGAAGUUGGAAUAGUUGCAAAACUAUCCGAAUGUAUAGCUUCAAGAGGAGGAAACAUACUUGGGGCUGAUGUUUUUGUUCCUCAAAACAAGAAUGUUUUCUAUUCCAGAAGUGAGUUCGUUUUUGACACCGUUCGAUGGCCUCGAAAGCAAAUGGAUGAAGAUUUCCUAAAGCUUUCAAACAUGUUUAGUGCUAUAAGAUCUGUUGUUAGAGUCCCUGCUCUAGACCCGAAGUUUAAAAUGGCGGUCCUUGCUUCGAAACAGGACCAUUGCCUGGUAGAUUUGCUUUAUGGUUGGCAAGAAGGAAGACUUCCAGUUGAUAUUACUUGUGUGAUAAGUAAUCAUCAUAGAGGUCCAAACAAUAAUGUGAUGCACUUUCUUGAAAGGAAUGGUAUCCCAUAUCAUUAUUUGCACACAACUGAAGAGAAUAAAAGAGAGAGGGAGAUCCUAGAGUUGGUUCUAAAUACUGAUUUUUUGGUACUUGCCAGGUACAUGCAGGUUUUAUCUGGUCAAUUUUUGAGGACAUAUGGGAAGGAUGUAAUUAACAUACACCAUGGCCUUUUGCCAUCAUUUAAAGGUGGGAAUCCAUGUAAGCAGGCUUUUGAUGCAGGUGUGAAGUUAAUCGGUGCAACAAGUCACUUUGUAACCGAAGAACUCGAUUCGGGGCCUAUUAUCGAACAGAUGGUUGAAAGAGUUUCUCACAGAGACAAUUUGCAGAGCUUUGUGCAAAAAUCCGAGAACCUUGAGAAGCAAUGCCUUGCAAAGGCUUUGAGAUGGUACUGUGAAUUGCGAGUGUUACCAUAUGAGGAAAACAGGACUGUUGUAUUCUGAUGAGAGAAAUUAGAAGAAAAAAACACAUCUAUAAUUUGCAUUUAUAUAUAUAUAUAGAUAUGGCACUCUAUACCACAUUAACUGUAAUUGCAGAUAUUUUUUCAUGCUUUGCCAUA